AUGCCUUCAGAGGACUCGCCCGCCUCCUCCGCCAGUCCUCAUCCUCAUCUCACACCGCAUGGUAUCGACCUCUCACCCAGCACACCUUCAUCCCCAGAUCCAACUUCACUCGAACCUUCUAAACCUGCCAACGAACCACCACCAACCCCUUCUACACCCACACCACCACCACCAUUUCAACCCCCAUCCCCCUCCUCACCCAAACCAAAGCCAAAGCCAAAGCAAACAUUCACCUGCCCCCCCCCCGCCUGCAACGCCAUCACCUUCCCCACCGCGCGCCUCCUCAUGCGCCACAAAUCCACCUCCCUCUUCCACGAAUACUGCCGCAAAUGCGACCUCGAUUUCGCCUCGCUCGAAGCCAAGCUGAUCCACCUGAUCGAGAGUGAGCGGCACCUGGCGUGUGCCGAGUGUGGCGAGGAGUUCGGGUGCGAGGACGGGUUGGUGAGGCAUGUGUGGCGGGUGAGUUAA